AAAAAAAAAAAAAAAAAAAAAAAGAAGACUCAAAAAAAGACACUCUCCACUCUUGCCUCCAUCUUUAAUCCAUUUUUUUUCUUCUCUUCUUUCCCACUCCAUCUUUCUUCAAUAUAUCCGACAUCUUCAAAGGACAGUACCUAUAUACCUUCAAUUUUUUCAAACACGAAUGACCCAAUUCAAUUGAUUUCCAACUCGUCACAAUGAGUGAUCUUACUUCUUCGACAACCCCGGCCUCGGCCUCAACUAAUACGGUGGAAACGGAAUCCAAGGGGAAACGCAAAUCAUCAACGGCCAGCCUCGCUGCAAAUUCCCGUCCGGUAAAACGACGGGCCUCCAAGGCAUGCUGUUGCUGUCGCGCUCGCAAAGUCCGCUGUGACGUCGUCGAGAAUGGUUCGCCGUGCACGAAUUGCCGCCUGGACCAGGUGGAGUGUGUCGUGACCGAGAGCAAACGGAGAAAGAAAUCGCGCGUUGAGAUGGACAGUACCACUCAGCAGCUCGGUCAAUCACCCGCCGAGGUUUCGGAAGACGGUGGCAGUCUUCUCAGGAGACUCAGCGAGUGCCAUGGGCUCUCGGACGUUGCUCCCGCCUCGCCGUCGCAACGAUCCGUUGAUCUGGACCAUGGACAGCACAUGCCGCAUCUGUUGUGUUCGUAUUUCCCCCGGUGUUGGAUUACCCAUGUCGGUGUUUAUUAACCCGGGUACCACGCAGAUCAAAGCCAGGCCAGCAGAAUUGGCUCGGGCGAGCGCUAUCGAAGAAGAAUGGCGCCAAACCCGGCCGUACCGGCCACUAUGCCGCUCCACCAUGUGACUUCGCAGAUUCAGCAGCUGUUGGAUCCCUCCUAUGUCAGUGAUCGCUCCGGAGGCAUUGUGCUCCCGGACUACAUCAGGGGGUUGCCGCCUCGCCUACAGAGAGAGGACAUCGACUAUCUGGCCAUGAAGGGCGCCUUGACGGUGCCCGACGUGGGGUUGCGAAACGAGUUGCUGAAAGCCUACAUCCACUACGUCCACACGUACAUGCCUCUCCUAGACCUGGAGGACUUCCUCCAGACAAUCGUGCAGAACGACGGAAUCCGCCGCAUGAGUCUGUUGCUUUUCCAGGCGGUGAUGUUCGCAGGAACGGCCUUCAUUGAUCUCAAACAUCUACACGCUGCAGGCUACCCGACUCGCAAGGCCGCGCGCAAAGCCUUCUUCCAGCGCGCCAGGUUGUUGUACGAUUUCGACUAUGAGGUGGAUCGGAUUUCGCUGGUUCAAUCCUUGCUUUUGAUGACCUACUGGUACGAAACACCCGACGAUCAAAAAGACACUUGGCAUUGGAUGGGUGUCAGCCUCUCCCUCGCACAUACCAUCGGCCUGCACCGUGAUCCUGGGAAUUCUCGCAUGGGACUUCGCCGCCAGCGGAUGUGGAAACGCAUCUGGUGGAGCACGUACACGCGCGAUCGGUUGAUAGCUCUAGGAAUGAGGCGCCCGAUGCGCGUUAAGGAUGAUGACUGCGAUGUGCCCAUGUUGACCCUCGACGACUUUGAAUUCCACCCUUUCUCCCCCGAAAUCAUCAACAUGGUUGGCGACUCCGAAGUCCUCCAAAGCGUCAAUCACCAGAAACAGCUCGCCCUUAUGUUCAUCGAGAAAGCCAAGCUUUGUCUGUGCGUCAGCCACGUGCUGUCCGCCCAAUACUCGGUUCUGAGUCAUAAGUUUGGUGGAACAAUGGAGACGACUAUGAUGCUGGUUCCCAAAAAGUCGGCGGCCGAAACGUUCGAGGUGCGACGGUGCGAUCAGGAGUUGGAAGAUUGGCUGGCCCAUCUUCCUGCGGAGAUCCAAUAUUCGCCUGCCGCCCCGUCCAAGUUAACCGAGGCCCAGGAGGUUCUGCAUUCUCAUCGCGCUUUGCUCAAGAUGGUCUACCUGACCACCUCGAGCGCCCUACAUCGUCCCCAGGUGCUUCCGGCCAUUCCGUUUCCCUCCACGGAUGCCGAGUUACAGGAGAUCUCGAGAAACAAAGUCCGAUUUGCCGCCGUGGAAAUCACCAACAUUGCCCAGGAUCUACACAGCUUGGAUCUCACGCGAUAUUUCCCCACGACCGGCGUUACGGUACUGCUGCCCGCCGUCAUCAUUCAUCUUCUCGACAUCAAGUCCAGCGACCCGAACAUCCGAACGACCAGCCUUCGGCGAUUCUACCAGUGCAUGCGCAUCCUGCAACGCUUGCGGGAGAUCUAUGCAUCUGCCGACUUUGCCACGUCAUUCCUCGAAGCCGCCAUUCGCAAGGCUGGCAUUCAGCUGACCGUCUCGCCUCAAGACGUGCAAUCGCGUGGCGGAAGUACGCUCGACACGGCGGCACGUCUCAACACCCUGACCCCGCCUCCGGAUUCGCUCGCACAGAAAAUCCCCGAUCUGACGUACCCCAAAACGGACGCAUCCGGCAUUGCGGCGCUGGCCGGCGAACACGACGCCGCAUUCGCCUCGACCCCUCCCCCUUCGGACGGUAGUGAGAAUGGCAGUACCAACAACCUCAAUUCGAACUACGCGCAAGAAGCCUUCGCCAUCCCCAACUUCAACCCCGAGCUCAGUCUAAGCGAGCUUAUGGGCCUGGCCAACGACGCCGAGGUGACGCAGAACGACUUUGACGCGUUGAUCAACUUUGACGAUGCCGGCGGGGAACUCUUUUCGGCGGAGGAGAGUCUUCAUCCGAGUGGUGGCUCUGGUGGAAAGAGCUUUGGGUUCGGACUGGACUCUAUGAAUAUGGAUAAUAUGCCCGACGUGUUGGGGUUUGAUCCCGAGAAUAAAGGUAUGGAUCUGACUGGGCAACAUAGCGAUCGUGGCCCAGCAGGCCUCAGCACUGACCUUGACGCCGAGCUGGGACUGAAUCUUUGAGUGCCUAGCGUCUGCGGUGCCAGGAGGUUAUUAAUGUCAAGCGAACGAAUGUGUACAAACCCAAAAAGGUGUUUAUGGAUAUGGGAUGACUGGGCUGGCUUUUUUCUUUGUACUUUCUUGUCUAUAAUAUCUAUAUACUGUACAUUUCUUAUAUUGAUGUCAUGACUAUCUAUUACUCUAUCUACUUAUGCAA